GCCAUUCACACACGCCAAAGGAGAAGAAGGGCAUUCACACAUGCAAAUUACUAGAAACAUUUAUGCAACUUUAGAUUUUUAUAUUUUAUUUGCAUUGUUUUGCUUCAAAAUGUAUUAGUUAUCGAUUAAAAAAUCCUUUCAAUCCGGACUUUGAUGCCAUAAGUUGUGGACUUGAAAACGACCAAAAAAAGAAGAAGAAAAUAAUCAGUAUUUCGGAAACAUGAUGAACGUGAACUAUGCUUUGGAUAUCUGUAUUUGAUUGAAGGUUAGUUGAUUAGCCGAGCGAUUCCGUAACUGGCCGAGAAUUGCCGAAUCAUCUGUCCUGCCCGGACUGCUGGAAGCGGCCGCAACGCCAUGUUGGCGAAGUCUCUCAUCUCUGUGAGAAAAAAAUGAUAGAAAACAUACUUGUCGAGAAGAAAAGGUAGAUCGCCGAGGGAGGCUGAAGAUCGUGGCGAUUAUUUCUUUUGAAAGAAACGAACCGAGCCGGAUCCGCAGAGGUUCCGGACGGGCGAGGGAGGCUAAACCUCCCACCGUCCCCAUGAAUAGCACCGCUGAUCCGAACAGCGACUUUCCAUGAAAAAAAAGACGUUUGUGUUGCUAUUCGAGCUUCGUUAUCCCAGUACGUUAAAGGGAUUUGGGGCCUGCUUCAAGAAUCUACUACGCUUGCUCAAUGCAUGCAAGCUAGGCGUUGUUUGUAUCAGUAUUUAUUAAGGUAUUGUUUUUAUUUGUUGAUUUUUUUGCGAUGAGUUUGCCACCGAAAGUGGUCCCCAAACAAGCCGCUGUCGCAGUUAGCGGACCUGGAAGUGUCCCUUCUCCGUCGAGCCAACUGCGGGCUACCCUGACCCCCGGGUCCCUGCCGCCGGGAGCCCAAACAGCUCCUCAGCCCGGCGCUGUACCACCGCCUCAAAUCUCACGGGUUCAGCCAUCACUGGAUGACCGAAUCUUCCCCACACAGCCUGGAGUCGCAGUCUACAGCGUACCCAGGCAUGCUGGUCCUCCUUACACUGCUCACGACAUCACAAAGGGACACCCUAACUUGGCGGGCACCCCGCCAGGUCAUGCCCACUCCCCGGCGCUCUCUCAGGUAUCAGUACCCACAGCUUCCCCAUAUCGCUACCCUAAGGGCUGGGAGGCAGGCGGAGGGUCUCCAUACAACCCUGGACAAAAUGCUGGCUCCGCCCCUCUAGUGUAUUCUCCCCAGACACAGCCAAUAAAUGCACAGCCACAGAGUCGCCCGUUUGCUACGGGCCCUCGACCAACCCACCAUCAGGGAGGAUUCAGGCCCAUCCAGUUUUUCCAGAGGACUCAGAUGCAGACUGCGAGGCCCACCAUCCCGACGAACACACCCUCCAUAAGGCCAGGAUCGCAGACUCCCACAGCGGCUGUCUACCCCACUAAUCAACCAAUCAUGAUGACCAUGGCACCCAUGCCUUUCCCUUCCCCGCAGGCCCAGUACUACAUCCCACCGUUUCGCCACAGUACGCCGUAUGUAGGACCUCCUCAGCAGUAUUCUGUACAGCCUCCAGGGUCUGGCCCCUUCUAUACUGGUCCAGGGCCAGGGGACUACCCUGCCCCAUAUCAUCCCCUCAGGUACCACCCACCUGUCUCACCCUCUGUCCCUGCUCCCGUUCCCACAGCUGGUCCACCCUAUUACCCAGGACACUCUAUGUAUUCCCCCUCACCCUCCAUCAUAGUGCCUACACCACAGCAACCUCCACCAGCCAAGCGUGAGAAGAAAACAUCCUCCCAGAUCCGUAUCCGUGACCCCAAUCAGGGUGGCAGGGAUAUCACAGAGGAGAUCAUGGCAGGGGGUUCAGGGAGCAGGAAUUCAACGCCUCCUGUCGGUCCCCCCUCCUCUACCCCCACCCCACCACAGUUUUUAUGGCCGCACCCUCAUUAUCCUCACAUUUUCUACCUCAAAUCACAGCAGCAGCUGAGCAGCAGCCAGACUCCAGAGCAGCAGCAGCCGCCGCAGUCGCAGGCGCAGUCGCAGGCGCAGGCGCAGCCUCAGCCUCAGCCUCAGCCUCAGCAGGCCCAACCUGGAGGCUACACGUUGGAGCCCCCACAGCCCCAACAGCCACAGCAGCCACAGCAGCCACAGCAGCCGUUGACAACAGGGGCUUCAGACACCAAACCAGGGCCAGAUGAUACGCCAAAACUGGAGCCAGUUGUCCAGAAGUCUUCCUCACCUGGGCUUGUGCAGCCUGAAGCCCCUGUAGAGAGACUGGAGGCCAACACACCUGUGACUGAGCCCACUUCUGCUGUUGAACAAGAGCUUCCCUUCCCCGCCUCGACGACCACCCCCGUCACUCCCCCACUUACAGCGGCCAACGCCAGUGAACGUCCCUCAGCCAGGGAGUCCGCUGCUUCAGCCUCUUCUCCCUCGUCCACAGUCGGGGAGCAGAAACCCUCUUCGACGCCAUCGCAGACUCCCAACACAGACAAGCCUCUUUCAGACGCCCCAAGAACUCUGGCUGCCUUGCCUGCACCAGCCCCCAAGGCUUUGAAUGGCCUUGCAGAGUCCGGGACUGAGCUAGAGACCGCGGCUCAUGAGCCUUCUCUUAUGCCUCCUGCUGCACUCCAGCCCCAGCCCUCUGCUCCUGCUUACAGAGAGGCCACCUCCUCUGAAAAUUUGCCUUCUGACAUGAGACCAGAGGUUCCCAUUGCUGCUGCGCUUGCCCCGAUGGCACCUGUGGCUGUGGUGCCAGUCACCCUGACCUCAAGCCCCGCCCCAUCUUUGCCAGUUACGCUCCCCCCUGGCCUUCCGCCUCUAGUGCAGGCCACAACAGAGGCCGACGAGCCGAGCAAGUCCUUAGACACUAAAGACCUUGCCCCCAGAGUAGGGACAGAGGCACAUGGUGGCAUUACUGAUAGCAAAACAGAGUCCCAGCAUCAAGCACUCAUCAGGAAGAGUCCCACUACAGUAAACCAGACGGCUUCUGCUAUACCAAAGACCUGGAGGAAACCAAAUGAAGGGAUCUCUGCUGGAGACACACCUCAAAAGGAGGAUGAGGAUGAGCCGAGGCCAGUGGAUCAACCCGCUGGAGACCAGGCCCUGCAGUCAGCUCCACUGAGCAGCAGCCCUGUGCCCCUACCAUCAGUCUUCACUUCCACCCCUGCUGCAGCUCCUGCCAGCAGCCCAGAGGCUGACAGAAAGCCCGCUGCCCCCGAGGAGAAUGGUGAGACUGAGAUUGAGCCCAUGAGGAAUGGAGCAGGCCACACCUCAGAGACGGAGAGCAGCGACAGUGGAGCCACCCCCGGAGACAAGGAGAGCUCCACAGGGGCUCCACAGGACAUGGAGGACCUAGCCGAGCCCAGUGGGAAGCGUCAGUAUGACAGGGACUUCCUGUUGGGCUUCCAGUUUAUGCCUGCCUGCAUACAGAAGCCUGAGGGUCUCCCACCGAUCAGUGAUGUGGUGCUGGACAAGAUGAACCAAAACAAGUUGCCAUCUCGAGUGGUGGAUUCCAGGGUGAUUUCCAGAGGACCUGAUUUCACACCUGCCUUCGCAGAUUUUGGCAGGCAAAUGACCGGAGGACGAGGCGCUGCACUUAUGAACAUUGGUGCACGGCGGCCUCCACCCAGGAAGAUCAUCAUGAACGUGUCGGUGAAUGACGAUGUGCAGCUGAAAAAGUCAGAGAACGCCUGGAAACCGGGCUUGAAGAGGGAGAGUCCCGCAGAGGAUCCUGAGACACAGAAAACACAGGACCUCUUCAGAAAGGUCCGCAGCAUCCUGAACAAGCUGACACCUCAGAAGUUCAACCAGCUGAUGAAGCAGGUGACAGACCUGACCAUCGACACAGAGGAGAGGCUCAAAGGCGUCAUCGACCUGGUCUUCGAGAAGGCCAUCGACGAGCCCAGCUUCUCGGUGGCCUAUGGAAACAUGUGCCGCUGCCUCGCCACGCUCAAAGUGCCCAUGACAGACAAACCCAACACCACAGUGAACUUUCGCAAGCUGCUGCUAAACCGCUGUCAGAAGGAGUUUGAGAAAGACAAGGUGGACGAUGUGGUGUUUGAGAGGAAGCAGAAGGAGCUGGACUCUGCUGCAUCGGUGACGGAACGCGAGCGUCUCCAGGAAGAGCUGGAGGAAGCCAAGGACAAGGCCCGGCGGCGUUCCAUCGGCAACAUCAAGUUCAUCGGCGAACUCUUCAAGCUCAAGAUGUUAACGGAGGCCAUCAUGCAUGACUGUGUGGUCAAGCUGCUGAAGAACCACGAUGAGGAGUCUUUAGAGUGCCUGUGCAGACUGCUCACCACCAUCGGCAAGGACCUCGAUUUUGAGAAGGCCAAGCCUCGAAUGGAUCAGUAUUUCAAUCAGAUGGAAAAAAUUGUGAAGGAGAGGAAGACGUCAUCUCGGAUACGGUUUAUGUUACAGGAUAUUAUAGACCUGAGAUUGCACAACUGGGUGUCCAGAAGAGCCGACCAGGGCCCGAAAACCAUCGAGCAAAUCCACAAGGAGGCGAAGAUUGAAGAGCAGGAAGAGCAGAGGAAAGUGCACCAGCAGUUGCUCUCCAAGGACAGCAAGAGACGGCCAGAUCCAAGAGAUCAGAGAGAUCAGAGAGAUCAGCGUGUACAGAGAGAAGAGACCUGGAACACUGUGCCCAUGACAAAGAACAGCAGGACCAUCGACCCCACCAAGAUCCCAAAGAUCUCUAAGCCUCAAAUGGACGAGAAGAUCCAGUUGGGCCCACGAGCUCAAGUCACGUGGGUGAAGGGCAGCAGCGGAGGAGCCAAGGCCAGCGACUCAGAACUAUCACGGACAGCAGGCCUCAACCGUUACUCUGCGCUGCAGUCCACACCUUCACCUCAACCCUCCACCACACCUCCACAGAACCCAGACUUUGACUCCAGGAGAACUCUGGGAAGUAGUCGUAGCAGUGCAGGCAGAGAGCGCAGCGAGAAGCCGCUGAUCUCUGCCCCGCCAUCAUCACGGCCCGGACCGUUCACCAGGGGAGGCAGUUCGAAGGAGCUGCUGGAGAGUCAAACCCCAGAGGAGCCACGAAGAGACCGGGAGCGAGAGGGAGGCGAGCCCCGGAGACCAAGUGUCACCGAGGAAAAAACGGAGCCAGAGCGCAGCAGAGUCAGAGAACCUGCGAAACCUGAGCCUGUGGUCCAGACUCCGGACAGACCUGCCCUCUCUGAGGAGGAGAUCGAGAGGAAGUCCAAGUCCAUCAUCGACGAGUUCCUGCACAUAAACGAUUACAAGGAGGCAGUCCAGUGUGUGGACGAGCUCGAUUUGGGCUCUCAGCUGCACAUCUUUGUGCGUGUCGGGGUGGAGUCGACUCUGGAGCGCAGUCAGAUCACACGGGACCACAUGGGCCAGCUCCUCUUCCAGCUGGUGCAGCAGGGAAUCCUGCCCAAACCGCAGUUCUACAAAGGGUUUGCAGAAACGCUGGAGCAAGCGGACGACAUGGCCAUCGACAUUCCCCAUAUCUGGCUGUACCUGGCAGAGCUGCUCAGCCCUGUGCUGAGGGAAGGGGGCUUCUCUAUGAGAGAGCUCUUUAGUGAAUUAAGCAAACCUUUGCUUCCUGUGGGAAGAGCUGGGAUCUUAAUUUCUGAAAUACUGCACAUACUAUGCAAACAUAUGAGCCAUAGGACUGUGGCUUCUUUGUGGAGGGAAUCUAGCCUCAAAUGGACCGACUUCCUACCAGAGGGAGAGGACGUCCAGGCUUUCAUCUCACAACAGAAACUCCAGUUCGUUCAGUCGGACAGCUGCAGCCCUGAGGCAGCUCUGUCUAAAAGGAUCUUGUCUCCUGAGGAGCUGAGACGACAGCUGGAAAGACUCCUCCUGGAGGACAUGGCCAGUGACGAGCAGAUCUUUGACUGGGUAGAGGCAAACCUAGAUGAUUCUCAGAUGAGCUCGUCUCCCUUCCUGAGGGCUUUGAUGACAGCUGUGUGUAAGGCAGCAGUGAAAGAUGAUAACACCAACUGUCGAGUGGACACGGCCAUCAUCCAGAGGAGAUUGCCUGUAUUACUCAAGUACCUUAACUCAGACACUGAGCGACAGCUGCAAGCACUUUAUGCACUUCAGGCGCUGAUCGUCACCCUCGAUCAGCCUCCAAACCUUCUCCGGAUGUUCUUUGACUGUCUGUAUGAUGAGGACGUCAUCUCCGAGGAUGCUUUCUACAGGUGGGAGACGAGCAAAGACCCCGCCGAGCAGCAGGGUAAGGGUGUGGCCCUCAAGUCUGUUACAGCCUUCUUCACUUGGCUGCGGGAGGCGGAGGAGGAGUCGGAAGAUAAUUGACGAGGGAGACACCCGGGGACAUGACGUAGUAGAACUGCAUCCUUACAGCAGAACAAACAUUCAGAAUGCGUGUGUGGGCAGGACGACAUGUUUACGGCUGGAAUUUUUUUCUGCGGUACGGUUCUGAAACAUGCCGCCAUUUUGAGUUUGGAUUCCAACGGCGGAAGCACUAAAUACCUGUAUUAUACAUAGAAAAUAUUUUUGUUUUAAAUUUUAACUUACGUUUCUUUUGUUACUUUUUAAGAAGAGACUUAAAAGAUACAUAGGUUCUGGACUCUUUAAUUUAUUAUUUUUUUAAGGACUGCAAAUAUGAAAGUUAUUUAACAUUUGCAGAUGCUCACAACAGAACAGAAAUAACAAUAUAAUUAAUUAUAAUAACAAAAAUAAUAAUUGUGAAAUGAAUAGCCUCCCUGGACUCCACACUGUUUGGUUUAAAACAGGGUAAAACAAAAUUAUUUUGGGAUGAAGGGGAAGCAGAGAUAAAAAGGAACUGUUAACAUUGUCCAUGUAUGAUGUUUGAGGUCAAGGGUUAUCUUCUAAUAACCAGAAAGCCUUGGCUUGCUCUGCGUUGAUAUGUACAUACACCUCAUGAGAGGUAGAGGUAUGCAUUCAAGAAGCGAUGCAAGUCAGUCCACAGAACUGUCAAAACAAACGCAGAUGAACAAACCAGAUACAUUCAAAUGAAAUGAGCAAAAAUGCAAGUUUAAAAAGCAAAUGGCCAGGGUCGCUGAACAUGAAAUGCUUGUAAUACUUCAGACCUACAGAGCAGAUUAAAUGCUUGUAAAUACAUUAAAGACAAAAAGGUAUUUAAAAAAAAAAAAAA